UUAGUGAACAGUGGUGUUCUACACAAUAUACUAUGUAUACUAUAUUAAACAAUGAGCAAUAUUAUUUAUUUUAAAUUCUAAAAACAUUGUGACUUUUUUAAUAAUAUUAAUUAAUACAUAACAUAACAUAUAACAUAUAAUAUAUAUAACAUUUUCUUUUAAAACUCCCAGGUACUUAAAAAAAUGAAUGUAAAAACCGUCAACGUACUGAUUUUAUGGAUUCUCGUUAUCGGCGGAUUAGUAGUUAAUGAAGGAAAACUACAAUAUGAAAGAAAUUGUCAAAUCGUCAUCGGAGAUGGAGGACUCAUAUGUACUGAUGUUGAAUACAAAUCUCAUUCAGAUGAUUAUGACAUUACAACAAUUUGUAAAACAACAUCGGUAAAUAAUGCUGGUAAAGAAAACAUUCUAAAUUCAUUGAAUGAUGCUGUUAAUGGAUUAAGGUGCUAUGACGUAAAAAUUCAUUUGAGAACAAAUGCUAUUGGAAUGCCAAUUAACUUAAAUGGAUUCAUUCCGAGUUCUGAUAGGAAAAGUUUAGAAUUUAUAGCAGACAGAAAAUAUCAAACAACAUUAAACAAUAUUUUUACUCGAAACCAAAUUACAUACAACACCACAGAUUGGGCCAUGACGGCAUUGAUUAUGUCUAAUGGAGCAGUAAUACCGAAGGAUUUUUAUUACAAUUUGCUCUUAUGGAAAGCUAACACUGCUAAAGAAUCGUUCAAUAUCAAAUGGACACAAAGGAAUUCAGUUAAAAUGUGUAUAUCUAUAUCGUAUUUACUGAGAGAUGAAUCGAAAUGUACGUUAUCAUUGGACGUAUCUCAAUUAGAUAGAGAUCAUUUUGAAAAAAAAAUCAUGCAUUCCUAUGAUAUAAAAGAAUCGAAAGAUCUAAAAACGGUAUUAUUUAAAAAUGAUAAUUGGUUACACGAGAACAAGACAUAUAGUUUAAAUUUUAAGCUCUUAAAAAAAACAAUAGAAAAAGAGAUGUACAGUUCAAGAUAUCAAAGCAAGUAUUAUACUGAAACAGUAUAUGUCGCAGGUUGUACAAUUGGAAUUAAACGUAUAGCCCAGUGCACAGAUGAAUACGAAAAUGAAGAUAUAUUGACAAUAAAUGAGAAAGAAUUACAAGAUACACCAUCUAAUGCUUCGUUAACCGUCGACAUUUAUCCAUUUGAUUAUGAACCACGGCAAAAAUUAUUAAUUCCACAAAGUUUGGGGUGCUUUAACGGAGGUUUUGCAAACCAAAACAGAUGUAUAUGUCCUCCUGGCUUCAAAGGCAAUAACUGCGAAUAUGGAUGUGGAUCGAACAGAUUUGGCACUGACUGUACCGGAAUGUGUUCAAUACAUCAAACACAGUGUCGGCAAAUGAUAUUUUGUACCAAAGGAUUUGGGUGCAAAUGUCCAGCGGGAUAUAGUGGUUUCAAUUGCACCAAAGAAUGUACGAGUGGUACGUACGGCGUAGAUUGCGAGCAACAAUGUCCAGAAGGGUGUCGUUUAAAAUCAUGUAACGUUUACACUGGCGUUUGCAACAAAGGAUGUACGGCCAGUUACAUUGCACCCGAUUGUAAAGAAAAGUACCCGUGGCUCAAAUCUCCGCCAAAACUGGAAUCGUCGGAUUAUAGGUCACUAAAAUUGAAAAUUGAUUUAAAUACAGAUAACAUACAAGGCAGUAACAACAUUAAAUCGGUGUAUUAUCAAAUCAUAUUUAAGAUUGUUUCAAAUGAAUCGGAAUUUCAAUACUUAGAACUAAAAGAAAUUGGAGACCAAAAAUCCAUAAUUGAAAUCACAGACAAUCUAAAACCCGGAAUAUCGUAUACUUUUGGUGUGAUCCUAGUUUCAGAAGACGGAAAUAACAAUAUAGAAGAUAUCAAAAUUGUCAAUUAUUCCACCAGAUGCCUAUUGCCGAAAAGUACAAAUUAUAAUGUUAAUUUGAUGAGUGGAACAGACAACAUAAAUGUUACAUGGAAUAAGCUUAAUGACCAAAACGAAGAGGACUGCAAAAUAAUGGAAUAUUUAUUGAAACUGAUGUAUUAUAAUACGGAUUUAAAACAACUAAAUUAUUCAGAAGAAGUAAAAUCCAAUAAUAAUCAUGGAUAUAUAUUUGAAAAUCUACUAUCCGGUGAAAAAUACGCAGUACAAGUAACAGCAAUAACGGCAACAGGUCAGGCUGAACCAUCAAUGUUGUCAUAUAUUUACACCGAACCUUAUGGACAAAUUCAAAUAAAAAACAUAAAAAUCAAAUUUAAUGAGAAUUCAUCACUGAUAAUAACGUGGGACAUUGAUGAAAAAUACGCAAGUACGUCGUUGGUUUAUGAAAUUAAAUACAAGGUUAAUAAGCAUUUUAGUUGUUCAAACAAAAUCAUUACAAACAACUGGACAUCACUACUAGUUUACAAUAAGACCAGACAAGAAAUCUCGAAUUUGAUACCAAACACGCAGUAUAUUAUAAAAAUUGAUCCCAAAAUUAAAGGAUAUACUUACGACGACUAUUCUAAUAUGAUUUAUGUGAAAACACCUAUAUCUAAACCAAAGUUAAAACCAGUAAUUAAUGACGAAAAUAGUUCAUACAUCACAAAUCAAAGUGCAUAUUUCAAUUGGAAGAUGAACAUGACCGAGUGUUCUAAACUAAAUGGUUUCUUUCGAGGAUACCAGAUCAUACUAAAAAAUAUUGUCGAAGGCACGCAAGUAGUAGAGUCAAUUAAAGAAAACACGGUAAGCUACAACGAAUUAAAACCAGACAACAAAUACGAGGUGCAAAUAUAUGUACUGACAAAUGAUGGAUACAACAUAGAACAAGGAUUGUUAAUACCGUUCAAAACCAAAACUAAAUUUUUAGUACCAGUGGACGAAUUAAUAGUUUACAAGAAAAAUUUAAAGAAAAAAUCGAUUGGAAUCAGAUGGAGUUACCCCGAUGAAAAUGUCAUUAACGGUUUUAUCGUCAUCGCAAUCGAUGAGAAUUUGAAUAGUACAAAGCAAAUUAUCAUAGAACCCGCGGAAAGAUGCGUUGCUUGGCCAUCAUUUUACUGCACUACUUUUGAUAAUCUAAUACCCAACAACCAGUACACCAUAAAAAUAAAAGCCAAGUCACUAGACUAUCCAACAGGUGGUUCGACGGCAUCGGUCGUCACUAAUUUCAACGAUGGAUUUUCAGAUAAACCGGAAAAUCUCAGGACAACAGACGUAGGCUCCACGUACAUUUCCCUGGAAUGGGACAUUCCAUGGAUACUCAACGGUGUAUUGAAAUCGUUCAUAGUGAACAUAGAAGAGAUUUCGUCACAAGACAUCGAAAAAUGUUGUGACAGUAAACCAGACUUAGAGGUUCCGGUAACAGAAGAACUUCCAACCUAUAACUGCACGGUACAAGACUUAAAGCCUGGUUCCACAUAUUCGAUUGGUGUAUUAUCGAAGACUUCGUCUUAUGGUCAAACUAGUAAAAUACACGUGAAGACUGUGCAGUCUACAUUUACGGCUGUUACCGGUGUUGAACACGAAAAGCCAAUACAACUCGAAGCAAAUACAACCUCGGACAAACCUAACGUACUCUAAUAUAGCCGUGGAAAAUAAUUUCUCUCUUCGAGUAAUUUAUAUUAUGAUUGUAUUUUUAGAUUCAUAGCGUAUAAUUUAUUUAUAUUUUGGUAUAUUCACAUUAUUGUUAUUUUAUGUUUAUCGAGCUUUGUGAUUCGGUUUAAAACCAACCUGCAAUAAUAAUAACUUAUGUUACCAAUUACAUACUCAUAAAUGUACUUAAUUUCACUAACAAAAAUAAUUUUUAAAUUUUAUUCAUAGCGUAUCAUAUUGAUUACGUUUUUCUUAAGUCUAUUAUUUCAAUUUAAUUCCGAUGUAGAUCUAUAAUAAUAUAUUAUUAAGUGAAUAUUUAAACCAUAUGUAAACAAUUAUAACAUAUGCUUAAAUAAAUUAAUCAUGAAUUACCUACAUAUCAAACAUAUUAUAUAUAAUAAACAAAUUAUGUAUUGAUACUCGUUCUAGUGAUGUAAAUUAAGAAUAUUAGGAUAAAAAAUAAAUAAAUAAAUAUGUUACAAUAAUUUAUAUUGUACAGUGAACUAGU